UUCUGACCUCCACCCUCCAAGUGACGUCAGAAAUCACAACAACUGUCCGGACCAAUAGUGUGCUGCCUGCAUGCAUACUUCUGGGGUCCGGGUAACUGAACAGAUACACCAAGACAUCUCAGAAAGGAGUCAGAGUGGGUUGAACUUUUUGAAGCUUUGUUAUUUGAACAAGAUGCAGUGUGAGAUCGCUUUUGGGGUGUUUCGAUAUAAUCUAUAAACCGUUGAUUUAGUGCUGGAUUACUGCAACAAAGAGCAGUGAGAAUAAAGACUCGUCGCGCGUCAAGAUGUUGCAGCACGUUUUGCUUUCGCGGCAGUGAGCAAAUGCGAUUCGUUUCCAACCAUUUGGUGUUUUGUCCAUGGAGGAGUUGCGAUACACGUUUCUGCGGAUAUUGAAGGAACAAGUAUGAGCACACUUAACUAUCUGAAGUGGUCAACAGAAGAACGCGGCUAGACGAACAAGGGGAGCUGUUUGUCUCAAUCUCUGGUGGAGAAACAGUAUGGAUUAUGGACCAACAAAUGGAAUUCCUUGACCCAAUAAAUUAACUUUCAAGCUGCUGCAUGCUGGCACAUCAAGGAAUGGCAAACUCUGGCAACUCUGCAGUCAUUCUGCGGCUGCAAAUAAUGAUUUUGUCCAUCGGCUGUGCGUUGAUAUGUUAUAGUCGUUUAUCCACCGCAUCACCGGCACACACUCAGCGUUUGAUAUGCUGGCAAGCCAUCAUGAAGUGCCAAGGAGAGCCGGAGUGUCACUACGCGUAUACUCAGUAUCUUCACGCGUGCGGUCCGGUGAUAAACGGCAGCAGGAAGAAAUGUCCCAGCCAUUGCAUUUCUUCCAUCAUUCAGCUCAAUCUGACUGUGAACGGCCCGGCACUGGAGGACUGCGAGUGCGCCUCGGACACUCUAUGCAAGAUGACCAAGCGAGCCAUUGAGCCCUGUAUGCCCAGAACGAGCCACAUGGGCUGCACCGAAGCUCGUAAGCAGUGUGAGAAGGAUCCCGAGUGCAGCACCGCCAUGCGGGACUAUCUGUAUCAUUGCAGGAAACUGUUCGGAGGAGAGCGCUGCUCGGACGACUGCCGGCGGGUCAUCACGAACAUGCGCUCCAUCCCCAAAGCCCAGCAGCUGGACACUUGCGUGUGCGACGGCACAGAGAGGACCAUAUGCGAGUAUGUCAAAGUCAGCAUGAAAAACUUCUGCUUUAACGACCGAUACGGCGGAAGUGGCUUUUCAGAUACCGAGGACGACUUGGAGGUUGACUACGAGACGGAAUAUGAGACCGAGGAGAGUGAUGCCUGGGAUUUAAGAGCACAAAAGAGUUCGAUUAUGAUGUCCACCGUGUUGACAAUUUUUCCUCUUGUCAUUAUAAGAUAA